CAAACAAACGUCAAUUAAUCUAUCAUUUUCAUUUAUCAAAACGAUAAAUUCUAUGAAAAUCCAUAAAAUUGUAAGUUUACUAUACAGUUUUUUCUGGAAUACAAUUAUCUUGAUUUUUAUUAUAAAAUAAUGAACACUGUCAAAGUUAUCUAAGUAACAAUUGUGACUUAAGAAAAUGGCGAGACCUGAAAAGCCCGCUAAGACAGGAUUUGUUAUAAAGCUCUCAUGCGAAACUGUCCAAAAAUUGGCCGAAGAGGAGCAAAGAAGUAAGAUUAAUAAAGAAAGUAAAACUGAAGUGUCCGACAGCCUUUCUAAGCAACAGAAGGAGACAGUAAGUAGCGAAAAUGUUGAAUUUAUUACAACAAAACCAGAUACUACUAAAUCCAAAACAGAGGUUAGAUCCGAAGAUAUUUCAGAAGCACAUGCUGAUGAUUCUUUAAAUAAAACGAGUAGUGAUUGUGAAACUUCAGACGCCAAAUCUAUGGAAGAAUUAUAUGGUAACUAUGCCCCAUACAUAACGUAUGAAAAUGAUGAGGCAAUUUAUACAGAUCCUACAACUCAACAAAAAUUUACAUGGAACAAAGAGUCAAACUCAUGGACUCCUCAGCCAGGUGAUGUUCCGGGAAGAACAUAUAGUUAUGAAAAUGACACUCAUAUUUACACAGAAGCAGAUGGAUCCAAAAGUUUUUGGGAUGAUGAGAAGAAAGCGUGGUUACCUAAAGUCGAUGAUGACUUUUUGGCAUUUUACCAAAUGUCUUAUGGCUUUGUUGACAAUACAACCAAAGAAGAAACUAAAAUAGAAAAAAAGAAAGAAGAACAGAAAAAACUGGAACAAGGUGUUAAAAGGAAAAAUGAUCCCCAAUGGUUUCAACAAUCAGAAGAGAAAAACACUAAAGUUUAUGUAUCUAACUUGCCCCUAGACACAACAGAAGAAGAUUUUGUUAAUCUAAUGCAAAAGUGUGGUCUUGUUGAACGAGACCCAAGCACGCAAAAGAUGAGGGUAAAGCUAUAUGUGGAUAAAGACCAGAAUUGUUUUAAAGGAGAUGCUCUGUGUACGUACAUAAAAAUUGAAUCUGUUGAUCUUGCACUCAAGCUCCUUGAUGGUAGUGAUUACAAAGGUAACAAGAUUAAAGUGGAAAAAGCACAUUUCCAAUUGAAAGGUGAAUACAAUCCAGCCCUAAAACCCAAAAAGAAAAAGAAAAAAGAGUUAGAGAAAAUAAAGAAAAUGCAACAAAAGUUAUUUGAUUGGAGACCUGAGAAGUUUAUCGGGGAAAGAUCUAAACAUGAGAAAGUUGUAAUUGUUAAAAAUCUGUUUCAUCCCUCUGAUUUUGAUAAUGAAGUGCAGCUUAUAUUGGACUAUCAGCAGGAUUUGAGAGAAGAAUGUGGUAAGUGUGGUGAUGUUAGAAAGGUUGUGAUUUAUGACAGACAUCCAGAAGGUGUUGCUCAAAUAUCUAUGAAAGAACCAGAACAGGCAGAUGCUGUCAUUCAACUUAUCAAUGGUAGAUGGUUUGGUAAGCGACAAAUAACAGCUGAAACAUGGGAUGGUCGAACUAAAUUCAGAAUAGCUGAAACUGACGCUGCUUUAAAUCAAAGAAUUAACAAAUGGGAUAAAUUUCUGGAGGGAGAAGAAGGAGCCAAAGCAGAAAAGAAGUCUGAUGAUGCAUUGACAACUUCUGUAAAUAGUCUCCCAGAAGAUAAUACUCUUGAAGCAUCUAAAAAAGACAAAAUUGAUUGUAAAACUUCAGAGUGAUAAUUUAAUAUGUAAAUAACAUAAAAACACUUAUUUUAAAUAAAAUUAAAGAAAAAUA